CCCACCACGAAUGUGAUUACAUUUUCGGAAACGCUUCCUGGGAUGCCAGUUACGAAAAAAAAAGCCUUGGCACUCUUUAUGCUCUUCGUGUAUGAAACAUUAUCUCCGGUUGAUAGCGAGCAAUCGGAGGAGGAGGCUCCGAUUGACCAGUGCAAACGCCGGCUCGACGAGAUGGUUCUGAAGGAAAAAAUUAUUCUGACAACGGAGCGGCUUGGAAAGAUGGUGGGCAACUUGGUGUCUCGCAUCUACACCCACGAUGCACAGAAAUUUGGCAGGGAUAUUGUUGAUGAUGUGUUCCACUCCUGGAAGAUUGUGCUGACCGCCUGCCUCUGCACGCUGAUCGUUUGCUUCCUGAUCUUCUUGGUUCUGGUGAUUGCGCUAAGGAACUACAUCCGGAAAGCGAUUACGCUGAUCAAAGAGGGCAGAAAGGCUGUGAGCAGUGUGCUUAGCAGCGUGUUCUUCCCCAUCCUCACCUGGAUGCUCAUCCUUGUCGCCUUAGUGUUCGCCAUUGUUGUGGGUUUGAAUCUGACAUCCAUUGGAGAUCCUUCGUUUAGAAAGAUGCGUCAGUUAACGGAAAGUGGAGAAGUGUCACCGGAAAAUUGCACCUGCAAGGGUCCAGCCAUCAAUUACACAAUGGGUGGAUCCUGUGACCCUCUAGUGUUCCAGCAAGAGUGCUUCAUGCAGGACGGAAAGUCGUUGAGAGCACCUUGUUUGAAAACCACUGGCAGCUUCGAGAGAAUUAAUAACCCUCCUAUGGUCAAGUGGUUACUAUUUUACCACUUCUUCGGUUUCCUCUGGCUGUGCUCCUUCAUCUUCGACUUCAGCUACAUGGUGUUAGCUUCUGCCUUCGACAUCUGGUACUGGGGCGAUGCUACGAAAAAUCCUCCCAUCCUCAUCCGGGCUUUCGGCGAGAGCACUUACCACUUGGGAACGGUGGCCUUUGGUUCUCUUGUGUUCAAGUUCGUUUGGAUAAUCCGCCUUGUUCUCGGGCUUAUCUAUGAGUUGCUGGAGAAUUUCGACAGUGUGGUGACACGGGCUAUUUAUAGAUGCAUCGUCACCAUCUCCGUUCUAAAUCCGAGCGCCUACAUCAUGUGCGCUAUCAGUGGCAAGAACUUGUACAGGAGUGGCAUGGAGGCGUCCAAGCUAAAGGAUUCCACCUUGAGUGCGGCGAUUCCAAGGAAUGGAAUAGCGACCUUGUUCUUUUACUGACAGGAUUAUUAUUUUUGGGGGC